AUGGGCUACUCUUUCGCCUACGACUGCCGUCCGCGACGCUCGCUGACACCUGCCGUUAGUACCCCCACAAAAUGGGCAUCGCACGCCCGCAUGGCCAUAUAUAUAGUAUCGGGGUCGGAUUUGUUUCGAAAAUUGCCAAAAAUGUUACGUUCAAGAGCUAUUUUGACUUCCAGGUUGUUGAAAAGUGCCGUAACAAAGCAAAGGUGUGCGGUAGCCGUGGCAAUUAGUGCCAGAUCAAAAUCACAACUUGCGCAUCCUCGUAUUCCUCCAGUGAAGAACGAGCCUGUUAAAGAUUUUGGCUUUAAUGAUCAGAAAGAUUGGGACUUGUUGCGUGCUUCCAUUACAAAGCUCACCGACAGUGGACCCUUGGACAUCCCUGUGGUGAUCAACGGGAAGAGAAUCCACAAUAAUGAUGUGUUACCCCAAGUGAACCCUGCAAAGCACAGUCAAGUUUUGGCUAAAGUAUCCCAGGCAUCUCCUGACGAUGUAGCAUCUGCUGUUGAAGCCGCAAAAGCUGCCAAACAAAAGUGGGCUGCUAUGCCUUGGACAGAUAGAGCUGCUAUUUUCUUGAAGGCUGCUGAUUUGAUUUCAACCAAGUACCGUCACGAUAUGUUGGCAGCCACAAUGUUGGGACAGGGAAAGAAUGUUUUUCAAGCUGAGAUUGAUGCGGUAGCUGAACUCAUUGACUUUUUUAAGUUUAACGUCAAAUAUGCUGAGGAAUUGUACCACCAACAACCUGUUGAAUCCGCUCCUGGUGUAUGGAACCGGAGUGAAUACCGUCCAUUAGAAGGUUUUGUGUACGCAGUUACUCCAUUCAACUUCACUGCUAUUGCUGGUAACUUGGUGGGGGCUCCAGCAUUGAUGGGAAACACAGUUGUAUGGAAGCCAUCAGCAACUGCAGCAUUAUCCAACUAUCUUCUUUUGACUAUAUUGGAAGAAGCUGGACUUCCUGCUGGUGUGAUCAAUUUCGUUCCAGGAGAGCCAAAUCAAGUAACGGAAUCGGUUUUGUCAGACAGGGAAUUUUCUGCUUUGCACUUUACUGGAUCUACAGAUGUUUUCAAGAGUUUAUACUCCAAGAUUGCCCAAAACCUUGAUAAUUACCGUGAUUAUCCAAGAAUUGUUGGAGAGACUGGUGGAAAGAACUUCCACUUGAUUCACCCAUCUGCUUCAAUGGACCAUGCUGUUCUCUCUAGUUUGCGUGGAGCUUUUGAAUUCCAAGGCCAAAAGUGUUCUGCAUUGUCUCGUCUAUACGUCCCCGAGUCAAUGUGGCCCGAAUUUAAAGAAAAGUUGGUUGCUGCCAUGGGCAGUAUUACUCAAGGUAACUGCAGUGAUACCGCAGCAUUGAACUCAUUCAUGGGACCAGUGAUUCAUGAGCAAUCUUUCAACAAGUUAUCGGGAGCCAUAGAUCAAGCCAAGUCAGAUUCUGAGCUUGAAAUCAUUGCUGGAGGCAUUUAUGAUAAGAGCGCUGGAUUCUUUGUGCUGCCCACAUUGAUUGAGACCAAAAACCCAAACCAUGAGUUCAUGACAAAAGAAUUCUUCGGACCGCUCUUGACGGCCUAUGUGUACCCUGAUGCCGAAUAUAGCGAAAUCAUGGACACUAUCGACCAGGGCACCAAAUAUGGAUUGACUGGAGCAAUUUUUGCAACCGACCGCGAAGCUGUCAAACUUGCUGAAGAAAAAUUACGCUAUUCUGCCGGUAACUUCUACAUCAAUGACAAGUGUACGGGAGCUGUGGUUGGCCAGCAAUGGUUUGGAGGUGCUAGAAUGUCCGGAACAAACGACAAGGCGGGUUCAGCAAACAUCUUGACGAGAUUCGUUUCGGUAAGAAACAUCAAGGAGAACUUUUACGAGUUGACUGAUUUCAAGUAUCCAUCUAAUUAUCAUUAA